ACUUGUAGCUGCAAAGGCAUACUAUUUAUGGCCAAAAUGUUGAAAAAGCCGUAUGUAAAGCAACUACGGAAGAAAUUAUCGGUCCUAAAAAAGAAACAUCUCGAUUAUUUGAUCCAUUGUACAAACGAACCAAAUGUGUCAGUGCCAGAGCUGUGCAACUUUCUUAUUCAAAGGACUCAGCAGUCUUCUUGGGUGAUGGUUUUCAAGUCCCUUAUCACAGCUCAUCAUUUAAUGUGUUACGGGAAUGAAAGGUUUAUUCAAUGCAUGGCAACAUCUAGCUGUACCUUUCAUUUAAGUGGUUUUGUGGAUCGAACGGCAUCGCAAGGUUAUGACAUGUCAACAUUUGUACGUCGGUAUGCAAAAUAUUUGAAUGUGAAAGCCUCUACAUAUAGAGUCAUGGGCUCAGAUUUUUGUAAAAUGAAACGUGGUAAAGAAGAAGGUGUGUUGAGGAAUAUGUCUACAGAAUCACUUUUAAAAAAUCUUCCAGUUCUUCACGAACAGCUUGAUGCCUUGAUCGAGUUUGAUUGCAAUCCUGAUGACUUAACCAAUGGUGUCAUGAAUUCUGGCUUUGUUUUGUUAUACAGAGACCUCAUCCAGUUGUUUGCAGCUUACAAUGAUGGAAUAAUAAAUUUAUUUGAAAAAUAUUUUAAUAUGAACAAAAAGCAUUGCAAAGAGGCCUUAGAUAUCUAUAAGAAGUUUAUUGUUGCAAUGGAUAAAGUUUCCGACUUCCUAAAAGUAGCUGAGAGUGUAGGCAUAGACAAAGGCAGCAUCCCUGAUCUAACAAAAGCACCAGGCAGCCUUUUAGAAGAAAUGGAAAAUCAUUUAACAUACUUGGAAGGAAAAAAGGCACAAAUUACCCCUAGGACCAACGCCGUGCAAACCGCAGUAUCAGCUUUGAAUUCGACCAGCUCUGCUUUCACAAACAGUAUUUCGAGUGCUCAUGAAUUGAAUGGAUUGACUGUUGAUGAAAGCAUGAGACGGGCCGUUGAAGAAGAAGCCGCAAUAAUGAACCAGCUAAAGGAGCAACGACUCAAGGAAUUGGCAACGAAACCGACUCCAGAACCGGGGAUGAGGAAGGUUCCGAGCCCCAUCCCCCCUCCUUCCAUUUCUGCUCCAGUAUCUUUAAGCCCUCCUACAAGACCCAAAGAAAUUGCUGCGCCUGUUGCUACAAAAGCAUCAUCUGUCAACGAUUUGAUGUCACUCAACACUUCAACGGCCGAUAAUUUCAUGAGCACUCAGACAGCGUUUCACCAGGUGCCUUUUGCAAAUGUUGGGACAGAAGGUGUUAGGGCAGAUUUUGUUGGAGAAGUAGCUUUCAAUGCGGCUUUUCCGGCUGUUGCUCCUGUUGAAAGUGGAAUGUCCUUUGACCCAUUUGGAGAAGUGCUGCAGCCUAAGCCAACUUCAAGUCCUACGUCAAGUCCUGUUCCUGAUGAAAAUGAAUCUAAGUCAUCACCUACAUCUGCCAGACUCAUAUCCUCGGAUCUGGAUUCCAGUUUACAGACUCUAGUCCAAAACUUAGAUAUCAAUGGACCAAAGAAACCUGCCAAACCUGGAGGCCAUCAGUGGGGUUCACCUAAAACCUCAGCCAGAACAGGCGGUGCAAAUUGGAGUCCCAGUAUGCCACCUCCAAAUUUUGGAACACCUCAGAACAUGCCACCUAUGGCAAUGGGUGUACCUCAACAAGUAGUUGGUAUGGUGAAUGUACCUGUUUAUGGUUUUCAGUCUGCUGUUAUGCCUGCAAUGAUGCAGCAGCAAGCUUACCGAAUGCCAGCCACUUGGAAUCCCAACGUGGCUGCCCCCUAUGGAGUGGCUCCUGUGCCCAUGGCAAUUCAUCCUCAGAUGCAGGCGAUAUACGGGACACCCUCGCCUCAACACACUGUGAUACAGGGAGCCCCCGCAGCUGGAUCUGUGGGCACACGUCAGAACUCCAACGACCCCUUCGGUGUCUUGUGAAAGGUAUAAUACUAGUCUUUUCCCUCUGGGUAUCACGUCAAGCAGCAUACGUAGCAACGCGCUGACAGAUCUUGGAAGAACGUUUCCUUCAAGGGCAUAUCUACUGUUCUAGUUUGGCAACAGCGUGGUGCUAUCAUUACACGUGUAUAAUGAUCGAUAAUUUGUUCGUUUAUUUUUCUCAAAUGAUUCACCUAGUACUUAACGUGUACGUGGCAAAAAGUACUGACCGAUUUAAUUUAUUUCUCUACUGUUGAAUAAUCAAUAUCUAUAUUUGUUUUCGACGAAACGUCCGUUCGAGCACGGAGAUCCCGAGUCCUAAAGGUUCUGUGCAUUGGGGGAAACUGUAGUUGAAUUAUGUGUAAUCACACGAGCUUCUCAACUUUCAGUUGUAAACAUUUUUUUAUUUGUGUGGGAGAGGAACGUGAAUCGCGGCUGUGAUAGAAUGAAAUCUUUGUCAAAGUUUGCAAAAGGCUAUGAUCUCCGUUUAAGGAUUUAAUAUUUUUCACGAUGCGUGUCGUCGCAACCUUGUAUUUUUUAACAUUUUAUCCCAAAGUAUGUAGGUCUGUUUCAAUCAUUUAUAGGUAGCUUGCAGUUUAGUAUACAUAACUGAAAGUAUUGAAGAAAUUAACCUAUGAUUAAAUAGUAAUUUUGGAAUAAUAGUAAGCAUUGAGUAUAGUAAUAUCAAAUUUGAACUUGAAUCAUUUUGUUUUGAAAUGCUGAAAGCAGUUUUGAUAGUUCAGUUUCUGUGAAAAAUUGAUGUUAUAUUGAGUGUUAAAACGACUUGUGAAUUCUGUCGUCUGCUUUUUGAUUUUCUGUAGAUUAUUUUACUUAAUGGUAGAAAAUAAACCUUCAGUAUGUGGAAAUGAUUAUUUAUUAUGUGGAAAAAAAAGUAAUUAACCUUUUUCUAAAAAAAUAUUAUGAGAUAUUUCCCACUCAAUCUUAUCCAUUUUUAAAUUGAGGAAAAAUGUUGUUCUACCAGUUGUUGGCUCGGAUUAAAAUAAAUAUUUUGACGAAUUUUGAACAUUUCUUUUUAUUGUAUUAUGUAUAUAGUGCUUUGAAUAAGUAGGAAUGUGAAAAUUUUGAAUUGUUGUCAGACAAUGCUGAUAAAAAUCACGGUAAAAAACACAGAUACUUAUAAAAGUUUUAGACGUAUCCAGGGAAUUAUAAAGAACCUCAUUUUAUUCCCAAAGUUAUGAGGUUUUAAAUGACUAGGUAUUUGAUGAGAGCUUUUAUCAUACCAGGCAUUCAGAUCUCAAGUGGAUCAAGUUCACCAACAACAUGAGCCACUUUAGCUCUGAAAGUUCCAUACAAUAAAAGCCCAUAGUGCUCAUGGAAAAAGGAGUUCCUUGUUACCCCCCCGAUACCUCUGCAAUUUUUAUUGAUAAAAAUGCUUCUUGUGUUUGUUUUUUUUCUUUGUGAAGUUUGUCAGUUUUGGUGGGAAAAGAUACCAAAUUUGAACAGAUUUUAAUUGUUUUUUUUUCUUUUUAAAUUUUCCAAAGUGCAAUUUAUUUUCUAA